AUUGAUAUUUGUUUUCCCUGUUUUUAAGCACGCGUAAAUGUUGUGUUGUCACAUAUGCAAUCUUUUUGUUGUUAAGGUUGUGCCUCAUUUAUCUCUCUUUGUUAUCAAGUGUACUUAACACUAAGAUACAAGUCCUUGAUUCAUGCGUACCAUAUGACUGUUUCAAACAUCGUGAAGAUUAUAUUCAUGGUGUCCUAUCCACUACUUUUGUUUCCUUCUACUUAUCUUAACUUUUAUGUCCCUGCAGUUUUUAAUCCAACUUCUUUUUCAACGCCUUUAUGGUGAAAGUUUAAUACCAAUAUGAGUGAACAUUUUUGGAGUAGUAUGGAAACUAUAAGCAAUUGAAAGUACCAAAAUUUAAUUUAAUAUAGCAGCAGAUCAUAUGACAAACGAAAUAAAUUUGGAAAUGGUUAAAUGGUUCCUCGAUGAUAGUACAAUCUACGUGUCAAGGCAAGGUUGUUCGAGAAUUAGAUUUGACGUGGAAGUGAAAAAUUGCAUAAUUAACAUGGUUUUGCUUGCAAAAAGAAAUGCGGGCAUGAAGUGUAUGCAAGCAGAUCGCAAGCGACUUGUGAUAAAGGUUGGAACCAUGUAUGUUAGUCCAGGGAAAUGUGGAAGGAUUCAAGUUGGCGGUGAUUGGUGAAAUGGUACUGGUUUCAUAAGUAAUAAGUAAUUAAAUCAUCUCAAAAGAUAAGCCAUUUUUUAAAUAGGUUUGAAACCCUUCAUUCUUUACUUCUAAUGUUGUGAUAGAAUAUGUAACUGAUGUUUCUACCAAAAAAAAAAAAAAGAAUAUGUAACUGAUGUUGUUAAUGUUUAACUAUGAAUUAAUUCAAGGUUAACUAUGAAUUAGCUAGGAAAA